AUAAGUUGCCUUGUGGCUGACAGUCAGUGAGAAGCCACACGGUCAGUUAAUGCUGUUCAGACAAUCUGUCUUUUUUUUUUUAACAGUCGCUGAAUAAAAAAGAAAAGAUGUCUUCGCUCUUAAAGGUGGAUAGUGAAAUUAAGUCAAAGGUGGAUGUUUUCAGAGAGCGAAUCACAGGAGAGGCAGAAGAUCUGGUUGCAAAUUUUUUCCCCAAGAAAUUGCUAGAAUUGGAUCAGUUUCUGAAGGAUCCCAUCUUAAAUAUCCGUGAAUUGAAAGAAAUCCAUUCAGAGAUCAACCUUGCUGUGCCAGAUCCAAUUUUACUUACAGACAUCCAUGAUGGGCUUGAGGGGCAAAAUGCCAAAAAGAGAAAACUUGAUGAUGGAACAGGAGAGGACAAAGUUAGCGGGACCAAGGUCUACAUUAUGCCCGGUGGAAUGAUGAAGAGCAACGGCAAGCUGGUGGACCUGAUUGAGAGGGUUAAGCCAGAGAUCAGAACCCUCAUAGAGAAAUGCAACACUGUCAAGAUGUGGGUACAGUUGUUAAUUCCCAGAAUAGAAGAUGGCAACAAUUUUGGAGUCUCAAUCCAGGAGGAGACUGUGGCAGAGCUCAGGACAGUGGAAGGGGAAGCAGCAUCUUAUCUAGACCAGAUAUCCAGAUACUACAUCACAAGAGCAAAGCUGGUUUCAAAAAUAGCAAAAUACCCACAUGUGGAAGACUAUCGGCGCACAGUUACAGAGAUUGACGAGAAAGAGUACAUCAGUCUCAAGAUCAUAGUGUCGGAACUGAGAAAUCAAUAUGUAACUUUACAUGACAUGAUCUUGAAGAACAUUGAGAAGAUAAAGCGGCCUCGAAGCAGCAACACAGAUGCUCUUUACUAAGAGCGAUCCUGAUCUCACCUGGAGCCAUCCCCUUUUCUCAGCGUGGCUAUCCAGAACCUUGGGCUGGUUCUAACGCUUUUAUGACACCAUUAAAACCAGGCCAAGGCACGCCAGCGCCAGCAAGCCUGGUACAACAUGCCGCUCAUGACAGAACUGUAAUAUAUGGUCACUGUUUAAAACCCUUUAAAGAAUCCAUAUCGAUUUCCUAGUGGACAUUUAAUGUAUGGAGACACAGUCUGAAUGUGCAACUUGAAGUUAUCUCAGUUGUUUUUUGUGGUAUUUAAUUAAAGGCAGAUCUUAACAGUGGGGUUUCUUUCAAUUUCACAAAACCAAAAUGCAGCGUAGUACUGUUUUUGGGUUGGAGGGAGGGAGGGUUCUAAGGCAUUUUCCAUGUUUUAGACUCCGAUUGGUGACUGAUCUGGAUGUAAGACAUGCAUAAAUACUCCUCUUAAUGAUGCUUGGUUUCUCCAGUUGCGAAGCUCUUAUUGAUGCUGUAUUUUACUUAAUCAUUUGACUGUCCAUCUAAUAUAUAUGUAGUUGAAGAAAGGCUGUACUUGUGCGUUAUUUUAUGUUCACUGAGUUUAUUUCAUCAAAUUGGAAUACUUGGGUAGUUUACUUUUAUUUUCAUCUUAAUUGAAAAACCUCCAAAAUUCCCAAAGCUCCAAAUGGCUUUUUUUUGUCCAGUUUGUUUUAAGGGUGAUGAAUUUUGCUGAAUAAAACUUUUUUUUUUUUCAGUAUGGUGAUGUAAUGAAUUCACACUCUGCUUCUGUUAUGCAGCCCGUUUUAUUCAUUUUUAUUCAGACUUGAAUUCAUUCUUUUGGAAAUGUGUGUGUUUUAAGAUAAACAUCUGUAAUGGUGAGACCCAUUAGAAUGCGAAA